AUGGAUUUGGAAACAGCACGUGCAAAUUAUCCAAACAGACUAGAGAGGUUAGAAGAAGAACGUCUUAUGGACAUGCCUUUCGAUGUUAGUGAACCUCAAGUUGAAGGACACGACGGCUUUGCCAGAUUCUACUGGAAACAUGACGAACAAUUGCAUCCUUUGAGAAGGAAAAAAGGUAGUGCAGAGGAUGGUCAUGCUCCCAUGGAAAGAACAAGAUAUGCAUAUGAAAAGUACCGUGAAGUUAGAAGUCAAAUUACAUCUGGUCGAACCUUUACAGUAAACUUUGACGAAGGAAAGAACAAAGAAGGCUUCAUGGGUGUACUUGCUGCCAUACAAGACGGAAAUAAGAAAGGACACAAUCUCAGAUUGACCAUAACAGAUUUGGAUGGUCACAUUUACUAUGCACAUGGCAAUGAACAAACAGCCGCAAAACUUCUUGA